CCAAACGUUUAGUGGAGUAACGGCCACAGCUGCAAACGGACGUCGGUAGAGCUCAGCUGCGUACGAAAGUAUUGGGGUGCUCCCACAAUCAAGGGAAGGCAAGCAAAAAAAUAUUGAAAAAAUACAUAUAUAUGAAAAAAAAUUAUAGAUUCUUAUUUUUUGUGUUGCGACAAGUAAAUAAGCAGGAAAAGCAGUGGUGUUGCCUUGAAAAAUGAAAAUUGGCUGAAAAGCGCAAUGCAAAAAAUUGAAAAAGAAGCAUUUUAGCUCGUUGAAAUUUAAAGAAAAGUGCGUGCGUGUGUGUUGCACAGUGGAAAAAGUCUCUAAUAUAUGUAUAUACUAAGGGCAGUGAAAAUAAUUUCGUGAAAAAUAUACAUAUAUACUACUCUGUGAAAAUACUUAUACAUAUUGCAAGGAGUGGAGCAAAGUAAUAACAACGUUUUCAAGUAAAAUUUAUCUAAACGCUUUUUGCCGAAGAAAUUGCGUGCAAGUGUCUAUGCUGAAAAGGUAAAAAUAAGUCAACAACUCAACUAAAGGCAAGCAAAGUGUAAAGGCCUACUUAACGAUUGGCAGUGGCAACGAAAAAAAGCUGCUGUCUGACAAAAGCAAAGGGCGACAUUAGCAAAUCGAUGGCGAAAUAAAUGUGCCGGAAAUGUGGCUAUGCAAAUGCGAAUAAGUGCGUUUUAAUGUAGAAAUUUUUACAUAAUUGAAGUGGUUGGCGUUCAGCUAAUUUGCUGAUUUAAAUUAAAAGAGAAGAAGUGAAGAAUAGUCUUAGAAAGUGUUAAGGAUUAAUAAAGAAAAUAUAUAUACACAUAUAUAAAGAAAUAUAUUCACAAAUAUCCUGCUUUUUCAACUACGCUAUUAACCUGCUAAUUCGAAACAAAAAAAAUUGAAGCUUUCCGUGACGAAAUACUCAUUAAACAAGCUGAUUUCAUGUACAAGUAUAAUUAAGAGGCGAAAGGAAAACCUCUGCUUGCCUAUACACCUACAUAUAAAACCGCUAGCAUACAUACACCCCGAUAUAUGUAUAUAUCUACUGAUUUGAAUGUCAUCAUUAAGUGCUAUCCACAUUGAUAAGCUGCCAAAAAUUAUAAUACGCUCCUCCGUUGUGAUAGUUAAAUGCGAGAAGCGCGAAGGCGAUUUAGUAUGAAUAGUUGACUGACAGCGCAUUCAACGGACAGACGUCUACAUACACAUACAUAGAUACGAGUACGAGUAGAAGUUAGAGGAACUCAAUAAGCUGUGAUUAAAGGAACAAAAGACAUGAGGAGUGGCCGCUGCUCAACACAAAUAAGUAGUUGCAAAGUCGAUAAUACCGUUAUUACACCUGUGUAUUUGGGUGUUGGAAACGCAUUUGAAUUGGGAUCCUAAACAGUUGCAAAUAUAUAAUUUGCAUCAAUUUUGAAGCAGUAACCGUAAAGAAGUGAAAAAAUUCAUUCAUUUGAAAUUGUGAGACUAUAAUAACAAAAUUGAUGCAAUGUAGCGUGGCGGACUUAUGGUCGGCGAACGCGAUAGAGACCGUGAUACGGUACGCUGGGAAACGGGUGAUGCAACACCGCCCCAAUUUAAUAAUGGAGGUAUGCAAAUGGUCGGACAAUUGCAUGGUGGACAGGCUGCUAGCCAACAACAACAACAGCAACAGCAAAAAUCGCAACAGUCUCAACGUGAUCUACAGCUACAACAACAACAACAAUUGCAAUUGCAGCAACAGCAGCAACAACAACAAUUAUUGCAACAGCAACAACAACAGCAGACCAGCAACUGGAUUGAAGCCGAAACGCUUGGGCGCAACCCGGCAACUGGAUCGACCGGUGCCAUUGGCAACAUCGGUCACAUCCAAGCGCAAGGUUACGGCAUCGGUAUCGGCAUCGGAAUCGACGUCACACACGAACCGAGCGACAACAACGAUAAUCAAGCCUACUACGAUCCAAGCGGUAAUGUCGAUUGGGGCCGAGCGAUGGGAACCGGUGGAGCUAGUUCAUUUGGUUGCGGCACUGGAGCUGUCCCAACAACUGGCAAUCUUGCUUAUAACAAUGACACAGCUGCUGCUGCGGCAGCCGGCAUCAAUAUCAGUCAACGCAAUCUCAACAAUAUCGCCGGCGGCGGCGGAGGUGGCGGCAGCAUUGGAAACCUGGACUAUGCUGAUGGCGGCAGCAUUACUGGCGCAUCCGCCACAACCACGCACACUGCCGGCGGUCCUAUGGGCAAUGGCGGUAUCGGCGGUGUCGGCGGCAUGGUCGGCGCUGGUAGUCAAAAUAUCGUCGGCAUUAGCGGUGCCAGCACCGGUGCUGGCAGUACCGGCGCUGUUGGCAAAGAAGUACGAUAUGCACCAUUCCCGAUACCAUCACCGACACAUUCGAAUCCGACAACUUCCCAUCUGCACGGCAGCAUGGGUGCGGGCGCAUUGCAACGCGCACAUUCCAGAUCCAUGUCCUCCAUACCGCCACCCGAACCCUUUAUGAUAGCGCAAUCGAAACAAAUGAAUAGUCGCGUCUCCAUCAAUGUUGGCGGCGUUAAGCAUGAGGUGCUCUGGCGUACGCUCGAACGACUGCCGCACACACGUUUAGGACGUCUACGUGAAUGUACCACACACGAAGCGAUCAUUGAGCUAUGCGAUGAUUAUUCAAUCGUCGACAACGAGUACUUCUUCGAUCGGCAUCCGAAAAGUUUUAGUUCCAUAUUAAAUUUCUAUCGCACUGGCAAAUUGCACAUCGUCGACGAGAUGUGCGUACUGGCAUUUAGUGAUGAUCUCGAGUACUGGGGAGUUGAUGAGCUGUAUCUGGAGUCCUGCUGUCAGCACAAGUACCAUCAGCGCAAAGAGAACGUACACGAGGAAAUGCGCAAAGAGGCUGAGUCGUUGCGUCAACGCGACGAGGAGGAGUUCGGCGAAGGCAAAUGCGCCGAAUAUCAAAAGUACUUGUGGGAGCUACUCGAGAAACCGAACACCAGCUUCGCUGCGCGGGUUAUCGCAGUGAUAUCCAUACUAUUUAUAGUCCUGUCUACCAUAGCCCUGACGUUGAACACCCUACCACAACUACAACACAGUGAGAAUGGUACACCAUCUGAUAAUCCGCAAUUGGCUAUGGUUGAAGCCGUUUGCAUAUCGUGGUUCACCUUAGAAUAUAUACUUAGGUUUAGCGCGUCACCGGAUAAAUGGAAAUUCUUUAAGGGUGGCCUUAAUAUAAUCGAUCUAUUGGCAAUACUCCCAUAUUUUGUUUCCCUAUUCUUAUUGGAGACGAAUAAGAAUGCAACGGACCAGUUCCAGGAUGUGCGCCGGGUGGUGCAAGUAUUUCGCAUCAUGCGCAUCCUGCGAAUCCUUAAGCUGGCCCGUCACUCAACGGGCCUGCAGUCGUUAGGCUUUACGCUACGUAAUUCAUAUAAGGAACUCGGUCUACUAAUGCUGUUCCUGGCAAUGGGCGUUCUCAUAUUUUCUUCGCUGGCAUAUUUUGCCGAAAAGGAUGAAAAGGAUACAAAAUUCGUUUCAAUACCGGAAACAUUUUGGUGGGCGGGUAUUACAAUGACAACUGUUGGCUACGGGGACAUCUAUCCCACUACUGCACUGGGAAAGGUUAUUGGUACUGUGUGUUGCAUAUGCGGUGUUCUGGUAAUCGCUUUGCCUAUUCCCAUCAUCGUUAACAAUUUUGCUGAAUUUUAUAAGAAUCAGAUGCGACGCGAGAAGGCGCUCAAGCGGCGCGAAGCGCUCGAUCGGGCCAAACGUGAGGGCAGUAUUGUGUCAUUUCAUCAUAUCAAUUUGAAAGAUGCCUUCGCCAAAUCGAUGGAUCUCAUUGAUGUCAUUGUGGAUACAGAAAAGCGCGAAAGUCGCAAUAGAUCAAUAAACAAUUGGCAUCGUUUAACCCACGCGCUACGACGGUCCUCCACAGGGCACAAUCUCUCGCAGACCGAUGGGAACAGCACCGAAGAUGGCGAGUCGACCAGCGGCGGCGGUCGCAAUCCGGCCACCACCGGCGCCGGCUGUUACCGCAACUAUGAUCAUAUGGCCAAUUUGAGGAAUUCGAAUAUGACGCAUCACUUUCGUCCAUCUGUACCUGACCAGGAAUCAGUUCCUCCAUAUAGUUAUGUCGAUACGCCGAAUGCCCACCUAACAUCCAUGACGGCCAUGGAGAGCUAUAAGCGCGAACAGCAGCAGCGUCAAUUGCAGCAGCAGCUGUUGCGCGAACAACGCGAGAAGCUGGAGCUGGCAGCGCGACAGGAAGCGGAUGCCGCGCUGCUGACAACAACUGCCGCCACACUUUUGAACGUCGCCAAACCGUUGAGCACCACAACGCCAGCCAGCGCCAAUGUCGUCGGCGGUGCAGCCACUGCGAAUGGCGGUGCGAAUGUUGUGUCCGGCAGCGGCGGCAAUACGGCUGGUUCGGGGUCCACCACAGCGGCCGGCGCAGCGGCAGCAGCAUCAGCGUCAGCAUCGGCGGCGGAUCAGGAUACGGCCGCCAAUUCGUCGCAGGCGGGCGAUAGUGUGUCGCUGGUGCCAUCCGGUCCACGGCCAUUGCAAAUGAUGAUCGCACCCGGGGAAGUGGCCGAGCUGCGACGUCAGGUGGCACUCGAGAAUUUACAAAACCAAAGAAUGGAUAAUCUGGAGCAGGAUGUACCUGUGGAAUUUGAAUGCUGUUUUUGCACAACGAAGGACUUCAAGGAGUUCACCGAUGCCGAGGGUGUAAUUUCGCUUCCAACGUCGGACUUCCACAAACCCGUUUGCCUGGAGAUGCGUAUGGCCGCCAAUCAGGCGAACCGACAACUGCGCGCCAAUCAAUAUGGUUUGCUGGCCCCACCUACGCACAUGGCCGGUCAAUUGAUGCCCACGUCACAGCCACAGCUGGUCGGCGGGCUAGCUGCCACGACUGGCGACGCGCAUGCCGAAGUCAUUUUCUCGAUUGGCGGUGGUGGUGGUGGCGUCGGCGUUCUGCGUACACCACGCCAUCUGCCCCACCACACUGCCACUGGCCUUGCGCCAAUUGCAUCGCAAUCAUCAUCCACCUCGUCAUCGUAUGGCACCACUACGUCCACGACGAUUGCGCUGCCACUGGACACACCAUUUCGUUACCCACCUUUCAUCACCAGCUGCAGCAAUAAUAAUUUCAAUUAUAACUUUAAUAAUAAUUUCAAUACAACAUCGGUGGGUGCGUGUCCGGGUCUAUCAAUGGCCACCGGUAAUGUUGCGCUGACAUUGGGUAGCAAUUUGAAUAACAACUUCAAUGUCAAUAUAAACAAUAAUAACAAUGCCGAUUUGGCGAGCGUCGAUAGUUCGGACACGUAUGCCAGCUGCCAAACACAUCCAUUUCAUUCACAAGGUGAUCUCACUGCCGAUUUGGCCGACGAAGCGUGCGCGCUGGACAUUGACAUGGAUAAUUUGUAUAUAAAUCCAUUGGAGAAGGAGACGACAACCUCGACCGGCACAACCGGCUACAUCGUUGGACUGCCACCGACCGGGGCUAGCGGCUUGACAGCGUUGGGACUGGCGCGUUCGCAGGUUAAGAAGAGCGCAUCUGGCGAUACGGCACUGCGUAAUUUGGCCGCUGGCGGUCUGAGUCCUAUGGAUGAGAUAUAUCAAAAUUUCGAAGUGCAAGAGCGUGGUAGUCGCGUCAGUCUCAAUGAGAAUCCAGUGCCAAAACAUCGUAAGACGCGUUUCCAAAGCUUCACUUCGAUGCCAAGCGGCGCCGGUGCAACGAAUAAGCCGCGUGCGCGUUUCGAAGAGGUCAAAAUCAUACAGGACGGUGUGAGCGGUAGCCACGAAAGUAGUCCGGCCAGCAGCGGGAGUAAAAAGAAACGUUCCUCUUUUAUGCCCGGUAAAAGUUUAGCCACUGCCACCAAGCUGAUCAAUCAGCAUCUGUUCGGUAUACAGAAUGUUGGACAAAAAGCGAAAUUCGAAAGUAAACAUUCCUCCUCGAUAGACUCUAUCGAUGCCUCACCAAAUCUCGAACAACAUCGCCGCUCCAAAUCGAUACUCAAAAACAAGUCGGAUAUCUCGCGCGUACUUGCCGACCCGGAGAGUGAGCGUCUACUCGCCGACAAUAUGUCGGGUUCGGGUGUUUCCGACAACGGCACUGUCAUGUUUUGCUUGCAGGGCGAAUCUGGCAGCGAUUACUCACCGAAUAAAUUACCUCACUCAAUUUUAGCCAAGUCUAUUUCCCCACCACCAUUACGGCAUCGCAUGUUGAUACAGCAACGUUCCGGACCGGCGACCCUACAAUCGCGUCCAACCAAAUUUCAAACACCACGUUAUCCCGAGGAGCAAGCGCUACGUCAAGUCAAACCGAUGCUGGCGCGUGCUUCGGCCACGUCGCAUAUGUCCGGCGACAGUCGUUACGAUUCGACUAAUAGAGAUAGCAGUUUAGACUCGGAGACCACUUUCACAUCCAACGUGAAUAUACGCAGCGAUCUCGGUGAUGGUGGUGCGACAGUAAGCAACGGCGAAGCAGGCGGUUCAAGCGAUGAAAAUCGUUCGCUACUACAACGUGGCAACUCUGAUGAGCAGAAUGAGCGAGAUGACGGUGCUGGCGGUGAUGCUGGCGCCACGUAGCAAUUACUGAAAAAGCCAAAGAGCGAAUAAUAACGCCUACUUUCCGCUCCCUCCGACAGUGACAGUGAUAGUGAAUAAAACGCUUAGCAGCCAGCGAUUAUGCAUGCAAAACAAAAGUAAAAACAAAAACAAACAAACAAAAAGUAAAACUUAUAUUACAUUUUAUAUUAUAAUUAAAAUUCAUAUACACACAAGUAUAUACACAUAGAAACAUACAAACAUUUACUUAUACAUACAUACAUGCAUAUGUACAUAUGUAAGAGUAAUGUUUGAAACGGCAUGUGAAAUGAAAAGCAAUGAACUCUAACUCUAGCAUUUAAGUGGAGUAAAAGUUAUUUAGAACGUACAUACAUACUUACAUACAUACAUUAAACUAAGCAGAUUCACCUACAAGGAGGCACAACGCUGUAUAUAAAAAUGCUAAAGGCAAAAUCCAAAAUAUAUAUAUUAUAUUAGCUAAUAUUCGCAGCAGUGAGCGAGUGCUUUGCAGCAAUUGAAGAUUAAAUGCAUUAAAAUUUCGAAUUAUUUUACAUACAUACAAACAUAUGACUCAUGUAUAAAAAAUUCCCUUGGUCGGCUCACAAGAAAGCAAAAAUUCAAAAAAUAUAUUAUUCAAAAAAAAAUAGCUCCAUUUUUAUACAAUAACUUCAGAAUAGAACAAUAUUUACCAAAAAUCGCUUUUUACCUGCAUACAUACAUACAUAUAAAUAUAUAUACAUAUAUACCUAUAUACUCAGAUUCGAAAUUCAUAUAUGUACAUACAUGCAUAAUAUGUGUACAUAGUAUGUUAUAUUAGCGCAAAUGCAUAUUUAUGUAUAUACAUUCACCAAUAUACACGCAUACAUAUUUACAUAGAUUAGCAAUAAAAAGUGCUUAAAUAAUUUUUGAUCGAAAUUUUGAAAAAAAAUCUGUAUAAAAAAUCUCCUGCCUCAUGCACAUUUGUACAACUAUGACACACACAUACACAACUUAGCUUACUAAAGCCGUGUUAAAUAAUCUUUAAGGGAAUAGUAACGCAAACAAUCCAAAUUCACAUUCGCGAGCAUAAAAAAUGCACUACAUUAAAAUUUUAUGUUCAAGUAUUUAUAUAAAAAACUUAAAGUAUGUAUGUUUUUAUUAAUUUCUGUUCAAUUAAGCUAUAAUAUACAUAUGUAGUAUGCAGCUUUUACUGGACUAUUUGAUUGUGGGAAUUUUAAGCUUUUUAAUUUUAUUGAAUCAUCCAUCUGAUCAAAUUUGACCCGGACUGACAAUUUCCAGCUAUUUCGAUAUAUUUGUUAUAGACACGGCUGAAAGCUACCUUGAGUGCUUUUAACGAAUUUAUUAAAUAAUCCAUCUGAUCAAAUUUGACCCGGACUGACAAUUUCCAACAAUUUCGAUAUACUUCUUAUAGACACUGCUGGAAGUUAUCUUGACUGCUUUCAACGAAUUUAGUAUAUAAUCCAUCUGAUCUUAUUUGACCCGGACUGACAAUUUUCAACAAUUUCGAUAUAAAAGUAUUUGUUAUAAGCCACAGCCGGAAGCUGCCUUGAUUGCCUUCAACAAGUGAAAUUUAUUAACUUUAAUGGACUCAUUGCGCGCUUCAAGAAGCAUAUUUUUCAGUUUCGGAAAAAAAUCUCAGGAAGCUUAAUCGGGCGAGCACGUUGGCAGAGCGAUCACUCUUGUUUCAUAUUUGGCUAAAAAGUCAGUUACAAUCAUGCAAUAGAACGGCGUAUUGUCAUGGUGAAAAAUCCAUGAAUUUUCUGCCCACAAGUCCGGUCGUUUAUGAUGAAUUGCUUCACGUAGGCCCCUCAAAACGGUCAAGUAGUAUUUCACAAUUUAACCCUGUGAAACGCAUUCAUAGUAAACCAUACCACGGCAAUAAAACAAAACGAUAAGUAUCAACUUGCUUUUUAUACCGACUUUUAUGUUAUAUUUCGGUUUCGACUAAUUUUUGGAGCGACAUUGGCUUGGACAGUUUCGACGACAUAUAAAAAUCCAUAAACCCACGUUUCGUCAGCAAUAGUGAUGCAUUUGACAAAGGUAGGGUUCUCAACUACGACGUCAUAUCUUUUGCGACUUCUCCACAAAGUCGUUUUUGCCAAAACUUCAGUUCUUUUGUUAUGAGUAUAGAAUUAACGCGGUUCAUACACAAAACAUUAACCAAAAUGUGUUAAGUCGAUUCAUGACAGAUGUGAAGAUCCUGUAAAAUGAGUUUCAAGCACUGUUUCUGUAACUUAUUUUUGACGUUAACGUCAUUAACAGAAGUGGAUGGACGACUCGUAUGAGGCAAGAUUUCGGUGUCUUUUAGACCUUCACUUCUGCUACUCGCAUAGUUGUGUUCGAAUUAAAGUAAUCUUCUCGAAACAGUUCUCCAAAAUUUUCAACGUUUCUGUAGACGCGAUUUUUUCAGGAAUACAAAAUAUUAAGCAAACUCGCUGUUUAAUUUUUUCGCCAUGGUCAAAUUCUAUUAUAUUAUACGCGCAGUCUAAACGCGAAAGUCCAGAUCACAUUUGCUCAGAAGGUAUAUCAUAAAUGGAUUAAGAAUUCGGUUUUCUCAAAUAUUCUUCAAUUAAGAUUUUUUAAAAUUUUUUGGGGUCAAGAAGUCUUCAUAGGAUAAGAGCAGUUAUUAUGAGCACCGCUUUCCGUACAAAAUGAAGCACAUAACCAUUAAAUUAUGAUUUCGUCUAAAAAUGCUAACGACUCCACCGUCUUUGAUUAGAGAAUUCUGUAUUAAAAUAAUGUUCAGCAUUUCAAAUUUCUAAGAACAUAUUAAAGUUAUAUGC